AUGAUGAAUUCCUCCCUGGAUCCACUGAACCAGAGCUCUGCUGACCGGUCAAACAUAUCUGCUCCCUUCUGCCUACUUGAGAUAGGCUAUUCCCAGAUUUUCUCCACCUGCCACCUUGAAGUCUCUAUCAUAUGUCUUCUCACUGUUCUCAUUAUUUCUGGUAACCUGGUGGUGAUUUUUGUGUUCCACUGUGCCCCCUUGCUUAGCCAGCACACCACCAGUGCUUUCAUCCAGACUAUGGCAUACGCUGAUCUGCUGGUGGGGGUCAGCUGCCUGUUCCCCUCCCUGUCCCUCCUCCACCACCUCCAGGGUCUCGACCCCAAACUCACCUGCCAGGUGUUCGGGUACAUGGUGUCUGUUUUGAAAUCGGUAUCAAUGGUGUCGUUGGCGUGUGUGAGUGUAGACCGCUACAUCGCCAUCACUCGACCUCUGACUUACGCCUCCUUGGUGACACCUUGUCGAGUGCGAUACUGCAUCGUUCUAAUAUGGCUGUACUCUGCUCUGGUGUUUCUCCCGUCUUUCCUCGGGUGGGGGAAACCUGGUUACCACGGGGAUGUGGUGGAGUGGUGCGCGGUUGAGUGGAGGACUCGUCCGGCUUUUACGACCUUUAUAGUCGCCAUGCUCUACGCCCCAGCUGCACUCACAGUCUGCUUCACCUACGCCAACAUCUUCAAGAUCUGCAGACAGCACACCCGGGAGAUCAGCGAGCGCCACGCACGUUAUCGGCCCCAACAAUUGCAGGGCCCAGGCUUGGCGGUGGGAUCUGCUCUCAAGGACGGCAGCGCAGUAGAGCAAGGACAGUUGUCCCACUUGUCCCAACCACAAACAUCCCAACCACUGUAUCAGCAGCCCACAUCAACAUACCCGGACAAGCGAUACGCCAUGGUACUGUUCCGCAUUACGAGCGUGUUUUAUAUCCUCUGGUUGCCCUACAUCCUCUACUUUCUGUUGGAGAGCGGUGGGAUCUACCAUCACCCUGCAGCCUCAUUUCUAACCACAUGGCUCGCCAUCAGCAACAGCUUCUGUAACUGUCUCAUCUACAGCCUCUCCAACUCUGCCUUCAGGAAGGGCCUCAAACGCCUCUGCUCCUUCUGUUUAUUGCGCAGCGGCAGUGGCUUUGGGGUCAAGAGCACCAAAAAGGCUUUCGUUGGUUCUGUCGAAAAAGGAUGCGGAGGGCCGGGGUAUGGAUUCCGUCAUGGGGAAAUGGGAAUUGGAACAACAUGUCAUGUGUAG